AUGGGUUGGAUUCAAGAUGUCAACGCCAAGGUGGCGACCACCUUCGUUGGGAAAUGGUUUCGCCUCGACGGCAGCGGACAUCCCCGGGAACGAAAAGGUUCCUAUUUCUUCACCGAACUUCGUGCCGGCAUGACCACCUUCUUCGCCAUGGCGUACAUUAUUGCCGUCAAUGCCUCGAUUGUAGCAGAUUCUGGCGGCACCUGCGUCUGCCCUCACACUGCUGCCGAUCCUACUUGCGAUAAAGAUGCGGACUAUAUGCUUUGCACCCAGAAUAUCAAGCGCGACAUCGUCACUGCCACAGCUGCCAUCUCAGCACUGGCUUGCUUCUGCAUGGGUCUCUUUGCCAACUUGCCAGUUGCUUUGGCGCCGGGAAUGGGCUUGAAUGCUUACUUUGCUUACACCGUUGUUGGUUAUCAUGGCACCGGCCCUGUCCCGUAUCGCGUUGCCCUCACCGCCAUCUUCGUCGAAGGCUUCAUCUUCCUCGCCCUUGCCAUCCUCGGUUUGCGACAAUGGCUUGCCAGAGCUAUUCCCCACUCCAUCAAGGUAGCCACGGGUGUUGGCAUCGGCCUAUAUCUGACUUUGAUUGGACUCACAUAUAGUGAAGGCAUUGGUGUUGUUGUUGGAGCCACCGCCACACCCGUGGAACUGGCAGGAUGCUCUCCUGAGAACCGCCUUGCCGAUGGGACAUGCCCCAGCUGGGACAAGAUGCGCCACCCGGCAAUGUGGGUUGGCAUCUUCUGCGGUGGUAUCUUCACUGUGAUCCUGACCAUGUUUCGAGUCAAAGGUGCCAUUAUCAUUGGUAUUCUUCUUGUCAGCAUCGUUUCAUGGCCUCGCACAACACCCGUCACCUAUUUCCCGUACACCGACGUGGGCAACAACUCGUUCGAUUUCUUCAAGAAGGUUGUGACUUUCCAUCCCAUCCAGAACACGCUGAAUGUGCAGGACUGGAACGUUUCCGAAUACGGCGGUCAGUUUGGCCUUGCCCUCAUCACCUUCCUUUAUGUCGAUAUUCUCGAUGCCACGGGUACGCUGUACUCUAUGGCCCGAUUCGCCGGACUCAUGGAUCCAGUAACGCAGGACUUUGAAGGUUCUGCUGUUGCAUACAUGGUCGAUGCUCUGUGCAUCUCGGUGGGAGCUGUUCUCGGUGUUCCUCCAGUCACUGCCUUUAUUGAAUCCGGUGCUGGUAUCUCUGAGGGCGGCAAGACCGGUUUGACUUCGAUUGCGACUGGCCUCUGCUUCUUCAUCGCCGUGUUCUUUGCGCCCAUAUUCGCGUCGAUUCCGCCAUGGGCCACUGGAUGCGUCCUUAUUCUCGUUGGAUCUAUGAUGGCAAGUGCUGUCCCUGAGAUCAACUGGAAGUACAUGGGAGACGCCGUACCAGCUUUCCUUGCCAUUUGCCUGAUGCCUUUCACAUACUCUAUUGCGAAUGGCUUGAUUGGCAGUAUCUUUUCAUAUAUUAUCAUCAACGGUACCGUUUGGCUUCUGAAGAAGGUCACGGGUGGCCGUCUCAAGCCAUCAAAUAUGGACGAACAAGAGAAUUGGACAUGGCGCAUUCCCGGUGGCUUCCUUCCUCCAUGGUUGGUGCGUCUCGGAAAGGGCCAGAAGGACUUUUGGAAAGAGGACUUGCCACCUACUAAUGUUGCUGCUGAGCGUAAACUCAGCUCUGAUGAGCAGGCCUCGGAUGCUGGGCCAGAAGUAGCUGACACGUCUGCGGUGACUCCGGUCAAGGCGUAG